GCUGUGUUGUGGAGUGAUGGCCGUGAAAAUGUGAACAAAACAUGAACAUAUAUGCUUUUGUAAUAUGCAACUGUUUGGCGAUGGUAUGGGGGCAGCAAGUCCAGCCGUGUCUGACCGGGUCUAUGACCGACAUCCAGCCUUGGGUUGACCGCAAUGGCAGACUUAAGCCGGAAGCUAAACCAAUGUCUAUAGACGUCUCCGAGUCGCGACAACCAAUGGCGACGCUGGAGCUAGAACUGAACCAGGAUACCAGGAAUCCUCGGAAGAUCAGGAUACUGAGCAUGGCGAGGUGCUCACUCAGAACUGUACCAGAGGUAUUUUCGUUACAAGACGACAAUCAAAGACCUCUAUCCGAUGUGAUAGAAUACUUGACCCUGUACGGUAACAAGUUUGACGACCACCAGUCCACUGGCGACCGGUAUGACAGUUUCCUUAACGCCACUGAAGCCAGGGUGUUGGUACAGAGCAUAGCAUAUGAUACCAGAGAAGCCUCGUGGCCUGGCAGCCUAAAGAACACUCGUUUCAAAAACCUCCGCGAAUUGGACUUAAGAGCAUGCGCGAUAGCAACUUUAAGCAUAGGCACCUUCCAAGGCAUGGAGAAACUAGAAGCCCUGUACCUGUCAGAAAACAGCAUAGUAUACAUUGACGUUCAGGCAUUCUCCGGCUUGAAAAACUUAGCCCACUUAGAUAUGAGCAGGAACUACCAUUACGACGAUUUUGGAAACUACAAGAGUUUGGUUCUAGAUUCAAUGGAUGCUAUAGGGGACUUGAAUAAGUUGGUGUCUCUAGAUCUAUCUUACACUCGUCUGUCUCUCGGCAAUCUGAUGAUAUUUAAUAGUUUUGGCAAGACAUUCCAAAGACUCUCUCUCUGUGAGACAGGGUUAACGAAGCUCCGCGAUAAUAUGUUUAGAAACACAUCGAUUAGAUUCUUAGAUGUGUCAGGAAACAAUGGAAUCUUAAACCAAUUUGGCGCACUCAGUGGUCUAGAAAACACCCUUGAAGUUUUAUACGCCGUUAAAGUUGGUUUAGUCAAUCUUAACGUGCUUGAUAGAUUUAAACGUUUAGAAAUAUUAAGUGUGCAGAAUAAUGAGAUCAGUCUUUUUACAAAUGAUGUCACUAAAACUUUGGUGAAUCUACAGAUAUUGAACUUAGACUACAAUAGGAUGACAACAUGGUUAGAUCCAAAGUUCAGUCACAUGAAGAACUUGAAGUAUCUGUCUUUGAGGAAAAAUAACAUAAAUAUGAUAAACGAAAAUAUGCUUCAAGAUUUGAAGAAUAUAGAAUAUCUUGGUCUAUCUGAGAAUUUUGUGAUUUGCAACUGCCAUACGAGAGAAUUGUUUGAAACUGCUUUAAUAACUGACAGAGCAGCAACAAACAGAAGAGCAUUAAGCUCUCAAUACAAAAAAGGUGGUAAUAAUAAAUUUAGCAGUUACCACACAGGGUUUGAAUUUUAUAAUGCCAUUAUUGAUAAAAGAACAAACGUUAAUAAAGCUUGUGAAAAGGAUAAAAAUUGUGACACGGAAAUACACAAUGACAACAUUACUGCAAGUUAUGUUUUGGUUGAUUACGACCCCAAUCUCUACGUAUGCAUGCAGAUGAUCGAAGGCGUAUACAAGCCCUUUUCACAACCGAUGAGCUGUGACAUAUCUCCCAGAGACGUGGACUUCGAAGUAGUAAUGGACAAGAGUCGGAUGAAACUGCUGGCUUUGAUCAUAAUUCCAGCCAUUUUGUUUCCUAUGCUGUACUACAUGUUUAUAUUUAGAAAGAAUUUUAGAUAUUUCUGCAUAACGGUCAGAAAUUCUGCGCUUUUGAGUAUGAUUAAUAAGGAUAAGAUUAUAGAUGAUUCCCGUAUCUUCAACUACGACGUGUUUGUAUCAUACUGUAAUGACGAUCGUGGAUGGAUCCUGGACCAGUUGCUUCCUCAUCUGGAGACUAACUGUGGCGUCAGCGUGUGCCUUCAUGAGAGGGACUUCCAGGUGGGACUCUCAAUUCUGGAGAACAUCGUGUCUUGUAUGGAUCGCUCAAGGAGCAUCAUGCUCGUCAUCUCAAAAGAGUUCCUGCUCAGUCAGUGGUGUCAGUUUGAGAUGCAUCUGGCACAGCAUAGACUUCUAGAAACCCGCCGAGAGGACCUUAUGUUGGUCCUUCUAGAAGAGAUUCCCCGUCGUCUCCGACCAACUACCCUGCACUACCUGAUGCUGACGAAGACCUACAUAGUCUACCCAAGUGGGGCUGGUGAGAGCGUUAAGAAGGACUUCUGGAGAAGACUGGGCAGGAGCGUCACUGCUAGGAGACCGGACCACGAGAACGACUCACUAGCAUAGAGGAAUAAGUAGUAAAUGCAAGUUAUUUGUAGUGACAUCUAGCGUCAAUCACGCGUCAACUAGCGUAAAUUGUGUCGCUUAACUUCAAAACUAGGUAAAUCCAUUCUGC